CUUCCGGCACCAGGCUGGCUGUCAGCCUUAGGAGCCUCCUAAGCCCACACCUAUGUGAUAAAUAUGUCCAGCCUUAUAGGGAUGCUUUGCCAGCUGCCAGUGGGCGCUACACGUCAGACACUGGCACUGCCAGUGAAAGGCGGAGCGCUUAUGUAGCUCGCUUGCGCCCCUCCGGAGGGCAAGGAUAGGCUGGAGCGCCCCUACAACAUUGUAUAAUAAGCCUCACAAGCAUUGGGGCUGAACUUGGACGCCUUCAACUCGUCCGUCCGCAGCCCAACUCCAAGGUCGUCCACGUCUCCGAGUCUGGGGCGCCGCCAAACCAUUCGUGUCGCUGCCCCUCGCUGACUGUGGCUGUGGCACCCACCUCUACCACGACUAUUAUUACUGCCCUCCUAUUGUGAUUAGACCGACUGGCGUCCUCACUUGCGUGCGCCAGGCACCAAUUAAUCCGUUGUCAGAGCGGACAACUUCAAGUUUCUAUCCGUUGUAUCCCCUGCGAUACUAGAAUCUAACAUGCAUGCAAAUCUUUCCAGAUCGCGUCUAUGACAGCGGUCUAGCAGCGCUCAAUCGACCUCCAAUUUAUUGACAUCUGUUGCAUGUUGAUUUGACCCGGAGUAGACAUGGUUGGGGUUCCCAGAAGCAAGGGAUGCAGGGUCUGCGUCCAGCGUCGCGUCAAGUGUGAUCAGGCGCGCCCUUUCUGCAACAAUUGCUUGAAGGGGAAUCGCCCAUGUCCAGGCUACGACACAGACUUGAGAAUCCAUGAUGAGGGCACUAAACUUCGAAAGAGGUUCGGACAGAAGGAUGGAAAUGGAAGUGCUAGCGACUUGAAAUCCGGUUCUGCUCCUGACAAACCGUCGCCCUCAACCACCGGUUCCCACAGUCUCUCGUCCGAAUCGUCCCCAGAAGAGUCCUGGGGUCUCAUCUCCUAUCAAGACUCGCCCGGCUCUGAAGAACCGCAAGGCCACCGCGGCGAUGUUAUCCUACCACCGCACAAUGCCUUCUUUGCUUUACUCGAGCGCCAGUUUAGUCCCGAAGCUGACCUCUCCACCCUUGAAUUAACGGGGAUCGGAUACGACAGCGGAUCAUUCGAUUUUAGUCCACAGAACGCGGACGCGGGCGCUGAAAUGAUGCUCAACCGCGCCGUCUUUUCUCCAUACAUUGUGCAGGAGCAGCUUUUGAGCACCUUUUGUUCGGCAUUCUCGGGCCCCCUCGGCCACGGUGGACCCCACGUUAUACCCAGUCAACUGCGAAGUCACACUCGUUGGCUCUCACAACUACCGUCCUUCUUUGGGACGAAGCUUCUGGACACGACUAUCCGCGCCGUGUCCUUGGUCCACCUCGGGAGAUUGCAGCAAGAAGAGGUUCUGGUGCAAGAAUCACGAAAAUCCUACGGCAAAGCCCUUCGCCUCUUGAACCAGGCCUUAGCCGAUCAGAAAAAGGGAAUGGCGGCCGAGACAUUAUCAGCCACCAUCCUUCUGUCGUUUUACGAAAUGCUGGCCUCCGACUCCAACGAGUCAUGGGUGCGUCAUGCCGGGGGUGCUGGAGCAUUAAUGCGCAUCCGUGGCGCCAAGCGACAUCUUUCUGGAAUCGAUCGCGACGUCUACCUGGCAUAUCGCCAUACCAUUGUGAUUGACGCGUUCCAACGCGAUGAGCCUUGCUUCCUGGCACAGCCUGAAUGGGUUGAGAUGGCGCAACAGAUUCACGCAGACCUCGGGUCCACCGCUGCUGCGUCUGACCGUCUGGACAUCUUUGAUCUGGCCGAAGAUUUUUAUUGUGAGAAUGUACAUAUUCCCGGGACAUUCUGCGAGGCAAGAUAUCUCGACAGCACCCGUCGGAGAAUGUCCGCCGACGACUACUCAAGUUACAGAGCGUCCGUCGUGGAACGUUGCAAGCAGCACAGGGCGAAUCUCAAGUCCAUCAACCUCAAGUUCCGCGCCACUCUCCAGCGACUUGGACUGGAAACCCCCACCAUUUCCACUGACGACCCUGUAUUUCCUCUACAAUAUGUCUACGUCAAUGUCUUUGUGGCGUCGACUCACGUGGGCUACUGGACAAUUGUCGUCCUAUUGAAUCUCGUCUUGAGGGAACUGGAAAAGGAAUCCGCCCCAGAAAACAUGGGACUGUAUCUGAUGGAAAACCGCGAGAUGGCACGCGAAAUCUGCCGCAGUACCUCGUACAUGAUGACUUCGUCCUUCUUGGGGCCCUUUUUCAUCAUUUUUGCCUUGAGACUGUGUCUGAUGGUGUUCGACCCCGGCCUGGAAAGGGACUGGGUCAUUCGGAAGCUGAUCCAGAUUGGCGACACUCGCAUGAAAAUGGCCUCAGACUUGCUGGGGCUUGAUCCCAAAAUGGCUCCGCAACAAAUGCAAGCCGCGACGGCCGAACAGACGAGGAAAUGGGAUCAGGGCCACACUUCUUUACAGUCAUGAAGAGAGGUCAAGUCUGUGCCCAAAUUCAUACUGCUUUUGUGUUACAAGAAGCACAAAAAGGGUUCCAAAGAGAGUCCGACAAGAUGGACCAAGGCACCUCUACUUCUAUAACGUCGAUGUAUACCGUCGACCAACGCAAAUGCUCGGAGCAUACAAGGCUCAUCGCACACAGUCCCUUCCCCCGCCAGCCUGAUGACACCAACAUAGGCGCGGGUACACCCCCACUUGGACUGCUCAUGGUCAUACACGAACGUGUCCAAGGUAGGACCAAAGGAACACCCCUGCUGUUGGCUUCAAGGGUGGUCGCUGGCGACAUCGUUCAGAGCCAAGAGUGCAGACAACUUAGCCAACCACAUGGCAUCCGUCCGGCUGAAAAAUAACGUUACCGGAAGACGUCGAGAUGUUCAUAUUGUGACGGUUGAUGAAUCCCCCACUGAAACGUGCCGACAUGGGUUUUCCAAAGUCAUCGAGUAUACCACUUCAGGACUUGGUAUAUCAAUGACAACUCGUGCAAGCAACAAAUAAGAUAUCUGAAAGGCGGCCACAAUUUUCUAUUCAUCCAGAACCAUAUAUUUUGACGACGCCAUCGACGCCGCCUCCAGCCCAAAGACCCUGUCUAGCCUGGGCCUGACUCCCCGGUCUCCACUUGACGACACUGACGACCUUGCCAGCCGGACUUAGUACGGCUUGGCCCACAGUUUUCCCAGACAACAAAUCCCAGGCGCGGACGGCGCCAUCAGCCUCACUACCACUGAGGACCAAGCUAUCGUUUUGGGCAAAACAACUCUUUAGUCGCAAACUAUCAUUCUUAUAUCCAUCUGAAUUUUUCUCAGGUGGAAAAGCGCGGAGACAAGUUCCAUCAGCUCGAUCCAUGACUCUAAUACGGCCAUCGAGACAACCGACCAACAAAGUCCUGGCAUCGCUCGAAAGAUCCAAGCUGGUGACAGGACCCGGGAGAACAUCAACAGUGAUUCUGCCCAUGCGGAUAUCGUAGGUGCGGACCCGGCCGUCGACGCUGGCCGUGACUAAUUCGUAUCUCGUCUCUGGAACAACAAUGCUCGAAAUGCCAUCUUUCGCCUCAUCCAGCACCAUCAGCGGUUUCGGGUCGCGGCUCUUUACGUCCCAUAGUCGCACCGAUGUGUCGUCGCUGCCGCUGGCCAGCACCGAGUCUCCUUGGCCAGUAAAGACGACGCAGUUGAUCCGGCUCGUGUGCCCUUGGCUCGUGUUGUUCCCGAAACGUCGCAGUGUGCCACCCUCGGUGUUCUGGACUGCCCAUAGAAAUACCGACCGGUCACCCCCGACGCUGGCGAAUGUUUCGUUGUCUUGCGCAACUGCAAUGUCGAGAACUGGGUACCCGUGCGCAACGUAUUUUUGAAUAGGAGUGGUAUUUGUAGUGGUUGUCGUUGCCGUUGCCCUUUGGGAGGUAGAGGUACUGCUUGCAGGCUCCGCGCGAGAUAGGUGGAUUUGUCGGUCGGAGGAUCCUGUCAGGAUGUAUGUCCCGCCUAGCGAGGAGAAGGUAAUGGCGUUGAUGGGGCCGCUGUGCGUGGCGAGUGUGUUGACCAGCGACCCCGGCAGUUUUGGAGUCGUAUUGCUCAUGAUAAGGCCGCGUUUGAUGGUUCGCGUAAGUUAGCUUCAAGUGCUCUGGGUUCGGUCGGGUUUCGUUUCGGCUGUAGGAGGCGGCCAGCGAACCGCGCGGGGGGUCGACCGAUCGGUGCUGGAUGUGAUGGAUGUGAUCUGAGAAAGGCGGCGCACCGUGCAAGGGAUCGGAGUUGGAUUUGUGUCAACUCACGUCAGGUCACGGCAUAGAUGGCAGCACGCGCCCAACUCUGGGACUUAGCUACUAGUACAGAGGUUGUUCGAAUUGUGGCUGGCGGUCACAGUGGUGUAGUGCAAUGAGUGAUAGGAACUGAAGCUGCGGUGGAAAAGGGAAAGGAAUCGGAUUGAUUGUCAGUUGUAAAAUAGGUAGAUGUGCGCAUCCUCACCGUCUGUCAUUUUCGGCUCAUCAUGGCAGUAAUUGUAAUGGUAUCAUUGUUC